UCUACUAAAAUGCAAGAGUCAUGCCUUUCUAUGUUACUGAAGACGUGCUCGCAUGCACACACAAAUGACUUUUUCUGUCUUUUUGGUUUUGCGAAAAAAUAUCUUUUUUUUUUUUUUUUUUUUUUUUUUUGUCUUUUAGUUUAAAGAGAAGGCUUCAAAUGAAUGUCAGCAUCCAUAUUUCUUGUCCUCUUUACCAAAUAAACCUAAGCUCCGUCGUCAUCUUUCUAUCGUAUUGCUCUAAUGCCCUUUUCCUCCCUCCUCAUGUUGAUGUUUGUCAUACAAAUUCAAAUUUUCAUUAAGACAUACUUCAAGAAACCCACCUCGUACGAGCACAUGAAAAAUGGAAUAUGUCGAAUCAAUUGGCAAUAUUCAAGCCACUACGUCAAUGGAUAGACCUGUUAAGAAACUCAAAUUAAGCCCAUCAUCACAACAAAAGAACCUUAUAAGAGCACCCUUUUUCAAUCUAUCGUAUGAUCCAAAACAGUCGAACAGAUUCAGUGAAGACGGGGUGGGACCUGUAGCUCGGAGGAUUAGAACACGUGGCUACGAACCACGGUUUUGUUAUACUCCUCAUAAUUCAAGAUUUCGUUUUCCUUUUGCUCUUGAUGAUCCCCCAUCAACAAAUGAUUGUCACCUUAAUUGGCAAUCACUUGAUCAGAAUCAAACUAUGAUUUCUUUUGCACCUCAGAAUUGCUUUGAUCUUGACUAUGAGCCGCACCAUCACGCAAAGAUUCAGUGUCGAAGCACUUACAAUGGAACGUUAACAACUUCAUCAACGACAAUGAUGAAUGAUUAUGGCACUGUCUCCUCCCCUUCCCCUAAACGGUACAGGGGAGUGAGACAACGCCACUGGGGGAAAUGGGUAGCGGAGAUUCGUCUUCCUCGUAAAAGAACUAGACUCUGGUUAGGCACGUUUGACACCGCUGAGGAAGCUGCUUUUGCUUAUGAUGUCAAGGCCUUUAGUCUCAGAGGAACAGAUGCACGACUUAAUUUCCCGCAUCUGUUCCUCGGGGAUGUAGACCCGUCCAGUAAUAACAUAGACGAGACCUCGUCACCAGCUUCAAGUACUACGUCAUUCUUGAAAAGUCGUCGUUCUCAAAUCCAACACAAGAAACGGCACAUCAGUCCCGUGGGACAGAGUACCUCUGUUUUAGACAAGGAAAUAAGGAUGUUCGAAGGGAGCGAUAUACAUGAAUCAACGUCCAAAUAUACUACUAAUAUACUACAAGAAAAUAGUGAUUAUUAUCAGGCUUAUACUGAUGUAAUCCAAUUAAAAGAAGGACUAUUUGAUAGUAUAUCAGAUAAAAGGUGGGAUAGCAUGGCUGAUCUGUGGAAUUACAGCAUUUGCUCUGAUGAUAAUUUGCAGCAACAGCAGUGUGAUUUCACCGUUAAUGAUCCAGGCUUCGGGGACGAUCUUUUAAGUACCACCAGCAACCUACUGCAACAGGAUAAUUCAACUUUUCCAGGGACGGAUACAGGGCGAGUUCUGGGGUUGAAGUGAACCUAUUGUUUUCAACUCAGAACUCUGUAUACAUAUUAUAGGAUGAGACGAUUCUAAGAUUUAAAUUUUAUAGGUUUCAGCCUUUAAAAUUCUUAGUGCUAAACUGACUGUAUUUUUAAAUUAUGGGUUUAGAGUCUCAUUUUUAUUUCUUUUUAUUUUUUGACUUUUACAUAUAUAUCAUUGUUUUGUGACAAUUAUAUUGGGGUCGAUUGAAUCCAUAGGUGAACUAUUAAAAUCACACUCAUUUUAAAUUCACUUUAUAUU